GAGCUCAGCGCGCGGCCCGGAGCAGCCCUGGCUUUCCCCUCGCCGCGCGCCCGCGCCCCCUUCCGCGUCCGCAACCAGAAGCCCAGCGCAGCGCCUCGAGCUGGACCCGCACCCGCACCGCUCCCGGGACCGCGCCCUCGGCCGCCCCGCGAUGACCGCGACCGCAGCCCUCCUGCACGUCCUCUUGCUCCUGCUGGUCUUCGGCCGCAGCACCCAUGGUGCUGUUAACUGCUACCCGGCCUGCCACCCCAUACAUGGAUCCUGCGUGGAUGAGAACAUCUGCAGGUGCCACCCUGGCUGGCAGGGUCCCCUGUGUGACCAUUGCGUGCCCUCUCCUGGCUGCGUCAAUGGGAUCUGCUUCGAGCCCGGGCAGUGUGUUUGCAACGAAGGCUGGGAGGGUCAUCUCUGCGACAUAGACGUCCGCCCUUGCACCUCGAACCCCUGUGCCAACAACUCCACCUGCGUGGACCUGGAUACUGGCGGCUAUGAAUGCUCUUGCGGCCAGGGGUACACGGGAUCCCACUGCCAGGAGAAGAAGCCUGGGCCCUGCGUGAUCAAUGGUUCCCCCUGCCAGCAUGGAGGCACCUGCGUGGACGAUGAGGGCCUGGCCUCCCAUGCCUCUUGCCUGUGCCCCCCUGGCUUCUCAGGCAUCUUCUGUGAGAUCGUGGCCAACAACUGCACCCCCAACCCGUGCGAGAACAACGGCGUCUGCACCGACAUCGGGGGCGACUUCCGCUGCCGCUGCCCUGCCGGCUUCAUCGACAAGACCUGCAGCCGUCAGGUGACCAACUGCACCAGCAACCCGUGCCAGAAUGGAGCCACCUGCCUGCAGCAUGCCCAGGUGAGCUUCGAGUGUCUUUGCAAGCCCGAGUUCACAGGUCCCACCUGCGCCAAGAAACGGGUGCCCAGCCCCCAGCAGAUCACCCGCCAGCCGUAUGGCUACGGGCUGACCUACCGCCUGACCCCCGGGGUGCACGAGCUGCCCGUGGCGCAGCCCGAGCACCAUAUCCUGAAGGUGACCAUGAAGGAGCUCAACCAGAGCUCCCCAUUGCUCACCGAGGGCCAGGCCAUCUGCUUCACCAUCCUGGGCGUGCUCACCGGCAUGGUGGUGCUGGCCACCGUGGGCGUCGUGCUGAUCAACAAGUGCGAGGCCUGGGUGUCGAACCUGCGCUACAACCGCAUGGUGCGCAAGAAGCAGAACGUGCUGCUGCAGUACCACGCCGGGGAGGAGCUGGCGGUCAACAUCAUCUUCCCCGAGAAAAUCGACACGACCACCUUCGACAGGGAGGCUGGCGAUGAGGAGAUCUAGGCCGCAUCCCCACAGGCCCCUCUAUAUUCUCACUAUAUGCGGUCUGUCCUAAUCUUUGCGGCUGAAUUUGCUAUAUUUCGUGUCGAAUCUGGUGAAUGCUAUGCUUGCAUUUAUUGUCUUUGUGUCGCUGUGUGAUGAAACGCAAUGCCUGGCCACCCCUGCUUCUCCCUCUUAAUGCAUGAUAUAUCAACAAAAUAAGAAUUUAAUCUUUAAACAAGUUAAAGACAUAAGCAUGUUAUUCUAAACUUAUUUAAUGAAAUAUCAAAAAAGACCAAAAAAAAACCAAGGUAACAGUACCAGGACUUUGUGCCGAUGUUCCUCUCUGAGGGGCCUCGGCCACAGAGUCCUCGUGAAACCGCUACGACUACUGAGCACUGCAAUCACUGUGACAAGGGCUAAAUUCUCUUUCCUUGGUUAUUUUUACACGCCACAUCCGACUCGCACUCAUGCCAACUUUUCCAACACUGCAACUCCUAGAUCUUUCUGGUCAGUCUGAGAUUUUGCAGAGUGCAGCGGCUGCGUGUCAGGCAGAGAGAGCGCCCUAGGUUGGUUGGCUGCCGCGGGGCUGGGACCCUGUCCCAGCCCUGCCACUAACUUGCUGUGAGAUCCUUGGCGAGUUCCCUUCCCUCCUGGGCCUACCCCUUCUCCCCUCUUAAGGAGGGGCGUGAAGGCAAACCAUCAUUAAGAUCCUCUCUCUAGCUUAAAAAUUUGGAACGAACGAUAGGAACCCAAACGGGCCCCAACUCGUAAAAUGUAGGACCUGAGGAAGACUACGUCUCAUCUCAUGGUCCUAAAGGUUUUGGCCUGUCCUGGGUACUCACUUGAU